AUAUAAAGAAAUUGAAUUGAUGCAGAGAGCUAGAGAAACUCCCGCUCCCCUUCAAGAUGCCCAGGAUUCUGUUCCUAGCGUCUUUUCUGCUCUUAGUUGCAGGUGUAUAUCCUGACUUGCUACCACAGGAUAAGGAAGAAGACUUGCAAGGAGAGGGUAAUGAGCCUGCAAAACCCACACCGCCUGUAAUCGUAGUUACUGGAGUGAUAAGUGAUGGAAAUGUUGCGACCACAAUGGGAGAUGUUGCGACCACAGUGGGAGAUGUUGAGACCACAACUCCAGCACCAACACCUGGGUGUAUUACCGGGGCAGGGAAGCCGGGAUCGUGUCCAAACCCAAAUUUCCAGCCUCUUCACCAUAAGAAACCGCAUCAUCAUGGGCACCAUGACCACGGCCCACCUCCGAAAGGCAAGAAAUUCAAGAAGCCAAAGCAUGAUUCCUCUUCUGAGGAGUCUUUCCCCUCAGAAUGGAAACCCAAGUUCCAUUCCUCUUCCGAGGAGUUUGGACCCUCAGAACGAAGGCAGAGAAACGGUGGUCACCAUCACCAUGGAAAGAAGGGACUUCGGAGUCUCUGCAAGACUCCACCAUGUGGGGAAGAUGGAGAUUGCCCAGAUGAUCUGAAGUGCUGCCUUAUUUCCCGCUGUGGGAGGAGGUGUGUGAGACCCUUACCCAUGCUACCAGGAGGAAACCUUGGGGAAUAAGUGUCUUAAACUCUGAUGCUUGUUCCAAAGCUCCAUCUUUGAACUCGAAUAGACGUCACAGCAGGACUAACAACCACAUGUGGGACCGGCUGAAUAAAUUCUGUGCCCUUUCAGGCUUAAUUGGUUUCCUCAAAAAGCAAAA